AGUGUCACAGCUGAGAACGCCGAACUCAACUGAGAGCUUGAAGGCAUAAAGUCUAGAAACUGCCUCCAGCUUUGGCGCGAGGGCUGUACAACACCGAGGCAUGUCCGCGACACCGGCCGGGACACCGAGGAGAUCAACGAAUUUCGAGUCGACUAGUCCCCUAACAACUCCCCAGUCGACUCGUACCUCAACUACGACAAAUAUCAUCCAGUCUUCUCCACACUACGCAACCACUCGUCGACACUCUCUCUAUGGAACGGAAGACCGCAUCAUCCUCGACCCUGGCUCUCGCAUCUGGAAGGUAGGCUUUAGUGGCGAAGGCAAGCCACGAGAUAUAUUUCUUGCUGGAUCCGACACUGGCCGACCUCUCUGGACGCUGAAUAGGGCAACUGUUCCCGGCGAGAAAGAGGAAGAAGACAAGUUGCUUGAAGCUAGGCUUCAGAAGUGCCUUAGAGCCGUAUUCCACGACUCUCUCUUAACGGAUCCGAAGUCGCGAAAGGUGAUUAUCGUCGAGCAACCGCUACUGCCAUUGCACAUCAAGGAGGCACUUGCACGCAUCUUAUUCAAUAACUUGCAGGUUCCUUCGAUAUCAUUUGCUUCAAGUCACCUCUUGGCACUGUUAGCAGCGGGACGAACAACAGGACUUGUCCUCGAUUGCGGACACUUGGAGUCUAUUGCUCUCCCAAUAUACUCUUCUAGGCCACUAUUCCCCCAACUGCGGGCAUCGCCUUUGGCCGGCUCACGAUUCUCUUCUCACCUUCGGGCCCUACUCCUGAUGUUCGGGACAUAUCAUCCGCCUCCGGCAAGCUUAACAUCUACCAACUCUACCCCUACAUCCUCGCGCGCUACACGUGUACCCGAAGCACUCCUCACCAAUGCCGUCAUUGAAGACCUAAAGAUCCGCUGUUGUUUUGUGGGCGAAGCUCUGGAGACAGACAUAAGACCGGCCUAUCCAGCAGCGUACGAGUAUGACACACCAUCCGAAAUCACACGCUCGGAUGCGGGUAUGUCUGAAUCCGGCUUCACUAUGGUGUCUGGCAAUGUACCAAGUGAAAGUCAGAGCCAGGGCCAGGCGUCCACCAGCAACGCCCCCGAAUCACAACAAGGCGUGCCACCCUCCUCCGAAUUCUCCGUGGUUUCGCACUCGAACGUACUGUCUAGUCUCGAUCGCCCGAAACCCGGAGAGAGCCAUUUGCAAGCACUCGCGAAUCUUUACCAACGUCAUUCUACCGCCACAGAUCUGCAUAUCCGCAUAGAGCCGCCUCCGUCGCAGCAGCAGGGCACGGGGCGCGGCACACUCGUCAUACCCGGGUGGAUUCGAGAGAGAGCAGCUGAGGUUCUCUUUGAAGGAGGAGACGUGGACGAAAGCAGCGUUGCGGAAGUAAUUCUCGACUCGCUUCUCAAGGUGCCGGUGGAUCUCCGGAAGUCCCUCGCGUCUGCGAUCCUCGUCGCGGGCGGCACCCCCAUGCUCCCAGGGUUCAUCCCACGCCUGCAAGCUGAGCUCCUGCGUACCCUCACACGACAAACCUCGCCGGCGUCGACACCCGGCAGGCGCGGUAAGCCUUACUCAACGGCAUAUGACUGUUACGCCCCACUGCGGCCGCUUGCGACGUACCUUGCGAUCCUCAACAACCCGACGCCGCCGCCACCAGCGUCGUCGCGCGCAGUUGCGAACGCGGGCAAGGCUCCGGCUUUCACCCCGGCCUGCAUGGCAUGGGUCGGCGGCUCUCUUGCCGGGGCACUCAAGACCGGGGGCGCCGAGGUCGUACGCGAGAAGUGGGACGAGGCGGACGCGGCGCAUGUGGAGGACGAUGACGCCAUGGACGUCUCGCCCACCGCCCCGCGUUCUGCCGCACGGAACAUUCUUCCGGACUGGACGCGGAGCCCGCUGCCCGCCGGUGCACCUCCUGCAACCAUCAGACAUGUUGUUGCGCCUGCGUCCCAGCUUCAGCUUCAGCCAGAGCCGGUCAUGCACAUCGACUUUGCGUCCCCUCAAGCUCAGGUGGUCUGAGUCAGGUCUAGUGUGUAUAGUUCGGAUGCCCAAGCAUGUCACGAUACCCGGCAACCUACACAGGAAGCCAGCCGUCUAGUACUAUGCAAGCCAUACUUUUGUAUACGAUUAGGAAAGAGUAAGACGGCGCUGAGGGUCCUAAUAUCCCGGGAGCGAGCGAAGUCUGUAGAGAGCAGCGAAUUGAUAACACAACAUGGUGCGGAAUUCGCAAAGUCAAGAAGCCAAAGAGUCUGCAGCAACAAGCAAUUGAAAAACGAAGCGAAUACAUGGGGCGCUGCGCUGCGUAUUACAGGGUUAGUCAAAACAACAGCAGCCCGUAAAAGGCGCGGCGAGAAAUGCGAAGGUUGUUAAGGGUCGUAAAGGGUCGUAAGGGGAAGAGAACAGCGGGGGUAACACGAAGACGAUAACUCGAAGAAUGAAGUGAGUGUGUGAGAUAGACUGUGCAGUGUCUCUACAACAGCACAUAACGAAGGAGGGUGGGUAUAUGCGCGUCUCGCCAAAAAAGCAAGAAAUGGCGAAAAAAAAAUCAGAACCGGUCGAAGAUAUGAAUAGUAAGCUUGCCCGCGCUGCCGGCGGCAGCCUGCUCCCAGUCCUCGUCAGACGUGAUAAACUGCAGGCGCUGCUGCUGCUGGCGACCGUCGCGUGGGCCAGACGCAGACUGCGAGCGCGGGCGCUCGCCGCUGGCGGCGCCGGCGGGACUGAAGCCGAUCGUGAACGCGUCCGUGAGCCGCACGCCCUCCUGUGCGGCGAACUUGUCGCGCAGGCGUGCGCGUACCUGGGCGAGCGGCAUCGCGUGCGUCGCGCGCAGGAGCACGAUGCUGUCCUGGCGCACGGCCUUGACCGUGAAGUGCUCCGCGCCUGGGGCGUCGCUCAUAACGCUCGCGGUGCUCGUGGGCGAGGCGGGGGUGGCGCCCGCGGACGAGUACGACGCGGAGGACGCGCACGCGGGCGACCACGGCAGGUGGAACUGCCCCGGCGGACGGUGCUGGAAGGGCUUCGGGAAGUGUUCGGGCGUCGAGAUGACGGAGAUGGUCUGCGAGACGCGCGCGCGAUGCGGGGUCUCGGAGCCUGGCCGGAGUGGGUGCUGGGCGGGGUCUGUAAAUGUGUAAAAUUUCGGUCAGGAGUCUGUACCGCCACGUACGACACGAGGGAGUGCGCACCGUAGAAAUAUGAGUCGACGAAGUCCUCGUCCGGGCCGUCCUCGCCCCACUGGCCCUCCUCCUCCGACGGCGGGAACAGCGGCGAGUCGGGCAUCGCGAUGCUGAGCCUGUACUUCUGGCUGCCGUUCGACAACGACCGCAUCGUGUCCAUGCUCGGCGUCCGGAGGGACGGCGACGAGGACGAGGUGGGCGACGACGAGCACAUGUGCGUGUGGUCCGACGAGCUCGAGCCCGUCGACGACGGCGUAGGCGAGCCCGGCCGGUCCUGCACGAGCACGCUCCCGCGCCUCGGGAGCACGGCGUCGACGCUCGCGUCCGUCAUCACCGAGUUCAUCGUCGCGACCGACGCCCGCAUGUGUCGCGCGCCGUCGCCAAGGACGUCGUCCGCGUCGAACCCCGCAUCGUCGAGACCGAACGCGUCGAAGAAGCUCUCCUGCUCCGAGCACGUACUGAAUGUGCUGUACAUCGUGUGCGGCCGGCUGGGGCCCCCGCAGCGUGCCGGCUCGCGCAGGGACGCACGUCGGUGCGGCCCCGUGUCGCUCGUCCCGUCCGCACCGCCGUCGAGCGCGUCCUCCCAGCGGUCUGACACCUCGCUGUCCGUCGGCGACGUCGGGCUCGACGAGUCCAAGGACGGCUCGCUAAGCACACUCGACGGGCGCAGUGCGCAGUGCGGCCACACCAGGCCGUGCCGGAAGCCAGGGUCGGGACACGACAGGUUGCGCGGGCGGCGCGUCGGCGCGGUACACGGGGGCGCGGUGCACGGGGGUGCGGGCAUCGGCGUAUCGGGUACCGGUGCGUCGACGUCGAACUCGGACUCUUCGCGGAGGACCUCGAGCGCGGCGUGCGUCGCCUUGGCCUUGGACUCGGCAGCGGUGGAGAAGACGAGGAAGGAGGACGCGAGCGGGUCGUCGCCGUCGUCGGCACCCCACGGCGCCGCGGGCACGAGCACGCCGUCCUCGGCGACGGUGAAGCUGAUGUGCGACGCUGUGCUGUUCGCUGCGGGCGCGUGAGGCGUCCAGAGCGAGCGCGACGAGAUCGAGGUGGGGACGGAGAGCGUGGAGGAGCGUGCCUUCGCUGCGAUCGAGGCGGGCGAGGGCGGGACGGCGUACGACUUGAGAGGGGAAGGCUUCGGGGCGGAUGCAGCGCGUGGACGUCUUGUGGAGGCCGAGACCGAGGACUGGCCACUAGCGCCCACGGUGCUGACAGAGCCCACAGGCGACGUUGGGCGCGAGUGUCUGUUGAGCGACAGCGACGAUGCUGAGAAGGGACUCGACGGGUAGGAAACGAACUCGGGGUCCGGCCGCGAGAACAUGCUGCUCGCCAGUGACGACACUGACAUGCGGGCCUUGCCCUUGUCCUGCACGGUCAAAGAAGCGACCUUGCGUUCGCGGUCCCUGUCGCGGUUCCAGUAGCCGAAGAAGUCGCGGAUCUCCCUUAUCUCGCGCAUUUCCUUAACGAGCGUCGGCAGCUCAUCGUCAUCCCAGAGCUUCUCGAUCAACGCCUUGAACUCGCGCUGGCGCUGGUCGAUAAAGUCCUUGCUCGCCUUGAAGAACGUCCCCUUCUUCGAGAGUUUCGGUAGGAUACUAUGAAUGUCUUUUGCUAUGUCGUUGGCAUCGGGGCCGGGCGGGAGCGACUCAAACGAGGCGGCCUGAUCCGAGUGGACGUAGAUCCCAUCCUUCUUGACACCCUUUCCCCGCUGCAGGCGUGUACGCUUUUGCUGAGCGAGUAGCCUGUACUCUCCCUCGAGCUGCUCUUGAAACCAUAGGCAGUCUUCCCAGCGACGCCAUAUCUCAUACGGAGAACGGCUUGUGGUGCUACCGCUCGAGCUGGAUGAAGACGACGAAGUGCUCGUCCUCAUAGACAUAGUGUCUCCUAGAGGUACUCCGGCAGCGUUUAUUGGGUAAAUACGCAUGCCAUAGGCAUGUGCGCUGCCUGUUUCGAUUAUUA